AUGAAUGGAAGGUCAUGCAGCAUGAAUCUCCACCGGACAUCAGGAACCCCACAGGGGCCUGGGAUGGUCAGUGGCCAACACAUCCCUCCCAUUCAAGCCCAUUCGGGGACUCCUGGCCCCUCAUCCUGUGGCAGCACAGCAAGCUCUGCCAUUGGAAGCCUUGCUGACAGCCUCCAUCUCAAGAUGCCCUCAGGAGGAGGGAUGGCUCCUCAGAGCAACAUGAAUGAGAGCCCCAUCCAUCUGCCUGCCUUGAGCCCCAGGAGACAAGUGCUCACCAGUGGGAAGCCACGUUUCCAGGUCACCCAGGCUGGAGGCGUGUCAGGGCCACACACAUUAAAGCCAAAGCAGCAGGAGUUUGGAAGCCCCUUUCCUCCAAAUUCUGGGAAAGGGGCUCUUGGCUUUGGGCCUCAGUGCAAGUCCAUUGGAAAAGGCAGCUGCAACAAUCUAGUGGUCACCAGCAGUCCCAUGAUGGUUCAGCGACUGGGACCCAUUUCACCUCCAGCAAGCCAGGUCUCCACAGCAUGCAACCAGAUCAGUCCUAGCUUACAGAGGGCAGUGAAUGCAGCCAACCUGAAUAUACCUCCUUCAGAUACCAGGUCCCUUAUUUCGCGAGAGUCUUUGGCCUCCUCAACUUUGAGUCUGACAGAAAGUCAGUCGGCCUUGAACGUGAAACAAGAGUGGUCGCACGGCUAUAAGGCUCUCCCUUCACUCUCCUCGAGCCACAGCUCUCAGAAUGGCACUGACCUAGGGGACCUAAUCAGCCUUCCUGCUGGGACAGCCAUGUCCAGCAACAGUGUCUCUAACUCAUUGCCAUCCUACCUUUUCGGUAUGGAAAACAGCCACUCUCCUUACCCCAGUCCCCGACACUCUUCAGCCAGGUCCCACUCGGCCCGCUCCAAGAAGAGAGCACUGUCCUUGUCCCCGCUGUCCGACGGCAUCGGGAUAGAUUUCAAUACCAUCAUCCGCACCUCGCCCACGUCCUUGGUCGCCUACAUCAACGGGUCAAGGGCUUCCCCCGCCAACAUGUCUCCACAGCCUGAGGUCUACGGGCAUUUCCUGGGAGUGCGAGGCAGCUGUAUUCCUCAGCCGUGCUCAGUGCCAAGUAGCCAGAAGGGUGUGCGGGUGGCCAGCGGUGGCCUGGCUCUCCCGGCCUACGACGAGGACAGCGCCCUGGAGUAUGAGCGCAUGCAGCAGCUGGAGCACGGUGGCCUCCAGCCUGGCCUGGUCAACAACAUGGUGGUGCAGCACGGCCUGCCGGACCCCGCCGGCCACGCGGCCGGCCUGCUCAAGACCGAGCGCCUGGAUGAUUUCCCUGGUGGCGUCCUGGACCUGCCCCCCGCACCUCCUCUGCCGCCUCUGCCACCGCCGCCCCAGCCCCAAGGCCCCCCGCCGCCCUACCAUGCUCACCCGCAUCUGCAUCAUCCAGAGCUGGUCCACCAGGCCCAGCCGCUGGCCCUGCCCCAGGCCGCCCUGGAAGAGGAUGGGGAGAUGGAUGACGUUGGGGGCAAGCAUUGCUGUCGCUGGAUCGACUGCAGUGCCUUGUAUGACCAGCAGGAGGAACUUGUGCGGCACAUCGAGAAGGUUCACAUAGACCAGCGCAAAGGAGAAGACUUCACUUGUUUCUGGGCCGGUUGUCCUCGAAGGUACAAGCCAUUUAAUGCCCGCUAUAAACUGUUGAUCCACAUGAGAGUUCACUCGGGGGAAAAGCCCAACAAGUGUUCGUUUGAAGGUUGCAAGAAGGCCUUUUCAAGGCUUGAAAAUCUCAAGAUUCAUUUGCGGAGCCACACAGGCGAGAAGCCGUAUUUGUGCCAGCAUCCGGGCUGUCAGAAGGCGUUCAGUAACUCCAGUGACCGCGCCAAGCACCAGAGGACGCAUCUGGACACUAAACCUUAUGCUUGUCAAAUUCCGGGAUGCACCAAACGCUACACAGACCCAAGUUCCUUAAGAAAGCAUGUGAAGGCACAUUCUUCCAAAGAUCAGCAAGCAAGGAAAAAGCUGCGGUCCAGUGCUGAGCUCCAUCCCGACCUGCUCACAGACUGCCUCACGGUGCAGCCCCUGCAGCCCUCCACCUCCCCACGAGACGCUGUCGAUAGGGCGGUGGGAUGCUCCCCAGAGCCCGGGCCUGACCUCUAUCCAGCUUCCAUUUUCUCCAGCAAUCACUCAAGCCGAAGCGGAACAGCUGCUGGGGCCGUGCCACCCCCACAUCCUGUCAGUCACCCUUCCCCGGGACAUACUGUACAGGGGAGCCCCCACAACCCCUCCUCCCAGUUACCGCCACUCGCAGCUGUGGACGCCGGAGCUGAGAGGUUUGCGCCUUCUGCUCCAUCUCCUCACCACAUUAGCCCCCGGAGAGUUCCAGCUCCUUCAAUAAUGCAGAGAACACAGCCUCCCCAUACCCAGCAGCCCUCAGGAUCACACCUGAAGUCUUAUCAGCCAGAAACAAGCUCUUUUCAGCCAAAUGGAAUCCAUGUCCAUGGAUUUUAUGGGCAACUACAGACAUUCUGCCCCCCGAAUUAUCCUGACUCUCAAAGAACCAUGCCACCCAGCAGUUCCUGCAGUGUGAUGCCUUCCUUCGAGGACUGUGUGGUCCCCACUUCUGUGGGCCAGGCUGGCUUUGAUGUUUUCCACAGAGCCUUCUCAACUCACUCGGGCAUUACAGUGUAUGAUUUGCCUUCGGGUUCCUCAAGCCUCUUUGGGGAGACUCUUCGCAGUGGACCUGAAGAUGCCACAUUCUUACAGAUCAGUGCUGUGGACCGCUGUCCUAGCCAGCUCUCCUCUGUCUAUACUGAAGGCUAA